CUUGUUCUCAUACAAGGGGGCGUUUUGUAGGCGAACCAAGGGUUGAGGUGCUUCCUGCUUCAACGAAGAUGCCCCAUAAGCCGCCUCGUAAGCCGAGCAUCCCUGUGAGCAGAGGAACCAGGAAAAAAGAGGAAGAUUCAGGGACUGAUGUGGGAGAAGGAGCAGAUGAAUGGUCCCAGUCCAAAGCCACAGUCAGACCACCUGACCAACUGGAGUUGACUGAUGCAGAGCUAAAGGAGGAGUUCACCCGAAUUCUGACAGCCAACAACCCACAUGCACCCCAGAACAUCGUUAGGUACAGCUUCAAAGAAGGCACAUACAAACUUAUUGGCUUUGUGAACCAACUGGCAGUUCACUUCAGCCAAGUCGGGAACCUGAUUCCUAAAGACUCAGAUGAAGGACGGCGGCAGCACUACCGUGAUGAGUUAGUAGCAGGUUCUCAAGAGUCGGCCAAGGUGGUGCAGUCAGACACAGAAGUGCCUGAAGAAGACGAAGAACCCAAGGAAGCAGACGCAGAAGACAUGCCUGCAGCUGAGGCAGCGGACAAAGUGAUUGAAGAAGAGUUCAUGACUCCAAUGCAGCCCAAGGAGCAGAAGCUCACCAACCAGUUCAACUUCAGCGAGAGGGCCUCCCAGACCUUCACCAACCGGCUCCGGGACCGAGAGUGUCAGAUGGAGCCUCCUCCCAGGACCAACUUUUCGGCCACAGCCAAUCAGUGGGAGAUCUACGAUGCCUAUGUAGAGGAGCUUGAGAAGCAAGAGAAGACCAAAGAGAAGGAGAAGACGAAGACCCCAGUGGCAAAAAAGAUGGGGAAGAAGACCAUGGGGAAGCUGACAUUUAUGGAGUCCCAGAGUGAUGACAUCACCAAGGUGAGCCAAGCUGCUAAGAUCGUGGAGCGGAUGGUCAACCAGAACACGUAUGAUGAUGUCGCUCAAGAUUUCAAGUACUAUGAGGACGCCGCGGACGAAUAUCGAGACCAGGAGGGAACUCUGCUGCCGCUCUGGAAAUUCCAAAACGACAAAGCCAAGCGCCUGGCCGUCACCGCCCUCUGCUGGUGAGUACAGGCACUGCCGCACACCCCGCAUGACUUCAUGAAGCAGAGCCGGGGCAUGCUGCUGGUCUACAGCCUGAAGAACCCCAGCUUCCCCGAGUACAUCUUCAGCAGCGAGAGCGGCAUCAUGUGUCUCGACAUGCAUGUGGACCACCCCUACCUGGUGGUGGUAGGCUACUAUGACGGCAACGUGGCCAUUUACAACCUCAAGAAGCCCCACUCCCAGCCCUCCUUCCGCAGCUCUUCCAAGUCUGGCAAGCACACGGACCCUGUGUGGCAGGUCAGGUGGCAGAAGGAUGACAUGGACCACAAUCUUAACUUCUUCUCUGUGUCAUCUGAUGGCAGGAUUGUGUCUUGGACGCUCGUGAAGAGUGAGCUGGUUCACACAGACAUCAUCAAGCUGAAGGUGGAGGGCAGCACCACGGAGGGUCUGGAGGGCUUUCAGCUGCACACCAUAGGCUGUGGCACUGCUUUUGACUUCCACAAAGAGAUCGACUACAUGUUCCUGGUGGGCACAGAGGAGGGGAAAAUCUACAAGUGCUCUAAAUCCUACUCCAGCCAAUUCCUCGACACCUACGAUGCUCACAACAUGGCGGUAGACACUGUGUCCUGGAACCCGUACCACAGCAAGGUCUUCAUGUCCUGCAGCUCCGACUGGACAGUGAAGAUCUGGGACCACACCAUCAAGACCCCAAUGUUCAUCUAUGACUUGAACUCAGCCGUGGGCGAUGUGGCCUGGGCACCAUACUCCUCAACUGUGUUCGCAGCAGUCACCACCGACGGGAAGGCCCAUGUGUUCGACUUGGUCAUCAACAAGUACGAGGCCAUCUGCAACCAGCCUGUGGUGGCCAAAAAGAAGAACAAGAUCACCCACGUGCAGUUCAAUCCCAUCUACCCCAUCAUCAUUGUGGGCGAUGACCGGGGACACAUUACCUGCCUCAAGCUCUCACCCAACUUGCGCAAGAUGCCUAAGGAAAAGAAGGGGCAGGAAGUGCAGAAGGGUCCCGCCGUGGAGAUCGCAAAACUAGACAAACUGCUGAACCUGGUGAGGGAAGUGAAAACCAAGACCUGAGGGCUGGCCUCAGAGCCUGGCCCAUGUCCUGAGCCCAUUGCUUGUAGCCCCUAACCCUGGGGCCUCAGCCAAGCCUCAGCAUUCAGCUUGUGACCCCAGCACCUUACACCUGAACCCCUUGGCCCUCAACCACCACGACUCCCUUCUACUUGGCACAAAUAAACCUAUGUCUGGAAGUGCA